AUGAAGAUAGGAAGCCGUGGUGGAAGGCAAUGGCUCUUAAGAUAUGCAAUCGGGACAUUUGUAGUCAUCCUCCUGGUGGUCUUGCUCUCCCAUACAUUCGAACCGACCAAGUUCCUUCGGGAAUCCUACGACCACGAUGUCGGAGCCUCAGGGGAUGAGUCAACGCCAUCUUCGGAAAGAGUGUCUGAUAUAACCUCCCUUGAUACCUCCUCUUCUGGCUUGAACGAUGCAUCAAUUGCACCGUCUUCGGAGGAGCUGCAUACCACCAGUGACUUGAAGGGCACAUCAGCUACAGUCUCUGAUGGCGUUAAACCCAACAAAGUACCAAAUGCGAUCCCUGACUCCCAGAUCCUAGUCACACCCAAACCACAACUCGACGUCGUCAUUGCCCAUCAUUCCGAGGAGCCGUACUACAUCAAAGUCUGGACGGACAGUCUGCGUUCGAUACCCUACAUGCAAGAGCUAGGAAUGCGGAUCAUAAUCUACACGAAGGGUUCGAUGGAGCUCGCGGCAAUAAAGGAAGCAAGUGGGGCGGAUGAAGUCAUCCAGCUGCCCAACGUGGGGAGAGAAGGAGGCACCUACUUGCACCAUCUGCUCAGCGUCUACGACGAUCCGCCACAAUUCACACUCUUCGCCCAGGCGAAGCUCAAAAAGGCCCAGGAAGAAGGCUCUGGGCAAAUGACGCAGUGGCUGCAAGAUAGGCUCCGGGCUGAUUUUGGCAACGAGACGGGAUUCAUGAGCAUGGACAGGAAGCAUGACAUCUGCUAUUGCGGCCAUUGCACAGACAUGGGCCGGGAUGAUUUCUAUCCGCUGUGGCCGCAGAUCUACUCUAUCUUGCAAGGAGAUGUGUGCCAGCGAUUGCAAGGGCAUGUCCUUUCCUUCAAUGGCCAUUUCAUCGUGUCACGGAAACGAGUCCUUGCUCGUCCCCGUGAGAUAUACCAAUAUCUUCAGGCCCUCGUCGAUGCAUCCGCAGAUCAUUGGAUUCACUCGGAGCCUGAGCCGACGUGGUUCGAGAAGGACAGAGGGAAGAGCAUACCUAGCAAUCCCAAAUUUGGGCACACGCUCGAAAGGCUGUGGCAUACAAUUUUCAGAUGCGAUGAUCCUGCAAUGGUCGUGGACUGCGACGUGAAGGGUAUGGAAGCAGAGGGUCCGGGCGGGUGUUCUUGCAGAGAUGCCCCAUAA